AUGAAGCAGACGACAGGCGUUCUUUUGUUCGCUACGGGAUCUUCGGCUUUCUACGCGGGUAACAUCAACUACUUUUCGCCAUCCCUCCACCACCCAUCCCUGGGCAUUUCGAUUCCCAAGGUUGCGGCAAGGACGUAUGAGAGCUCACCAUGGAAGCCUGAGCAGCUCAAAUUCACGCAUGGCGUUGCUUCUGGAGACCCGUACGAUGACAGCGUUAUUCUUUGGACCCGUGCGGCACCAACAAUGGAUAACGACCACUCCAACACCACUGUCAGCGGAACCACAGGGCUGUUCAGCCAUGAGACCGAAGAGUUUGUGAAGCUCAGCAAGUCCACAGUGUGUGUUGACUGGAAGAUUGCCACGGACGAGAAGUUGGAGAAGGUUGCAGACGAGGGACGUGUGUGGACAAGUUCAGACAUUGACUUCACUGUCAAGGUCGAGGCAAAGAGGCUCUACCCAUUCACUACGUACUAUUAUCAGUUUAACAUUUGCGAUUCGGACAAGAGCUCGCCCGUCGGUCGGACCAAAACACUCCCGGCAAGGGGCAAGAAAGUACCUUCUGAUAUCAAACUUGCCGUGUACUCGUGCAGCAACUAUCCUCAGGGCUUUUUCAACGUAUUCGGAAACACCGUAAGGAAGGAUUCGGUAGACUUCAUUGUUUUUCUCGGUGACUAUAUCUACGAGUAUAAGAACGGACAGUAUGGCUGGGGUGAUGCUCUUGGCCGCAUUCCGCAACCAGAUCGGUUAACAUUCACCCUGUAUGACUACCGAAGGAGGAUUGCGACCUACCGUACCGACUUGGACUUGGUUGCCAACCACAUGAAGUUUCCUUGGAUUCAGGUGUGGGAUGAUCAUGAGGUGGCGGACAAUACGUGGCGUGAUGGAAGUUCUUUUCUGCAAAAUACCGAGGAUUCAUUCAUCCGCGAUGGCGGUGUCUCGACAGAUAGCCGUAAGGCAAACGCUGUUAGAGCUUAUUUCGAAUGGAUGCCCAUCCGUCAGGUAGAUAUGGAUGAUAACCUGCGCAUCUGGAGAGAUUUCAAGUUCGGCGAUCUAUUCGACCUCAUCAUGUUGGACACCCGGCAAUAUGACCGGUCCAUCACCGAUAUCUACACUAACGUCGAAUACAUCAAAGCCAUCUCCAACGACACCUCCCGCUCCCUCAUGGGUCCCCGUCAAGAAGCCUGGUUCUACCGCACCCUCAAGCAAUCCUCCAAGCGCGGCACCAAGUGGCGUCUCAUCGGCAACCAGGUCGUCUUCAGCCAGCUGAUCGUCAGCGACGACGUGGACCUGCCCUUCAACUACGACGCCUGGGACGGCUACGUGGCCAACCGCAACCGCACCUUUGCUACGCUCUACGAGAACAACAUCACCAACAACAUCAUGCUAGCAGGCGAUUCGCACGCCUCGUGGGUUUCCGAUCUUGUCUGGCUCGACGGACCGACUGACCAAAACGAAUACGACCCCAUCACAGGCCGCGGGUCAAUCGGCGUCGAGUUCGCCGGCAGCGCGGUCACGAGCCCCAGUCCGCUGGGGCAGAAUAUCACGAUGAAGGAAACGGAGGCGAGCACGAAGUUGUUGACGAGCGUUAAUAAGGAGCUGCAGUGGACGGAUCUGUAUUAUAGGGGGUACUAUGAAUUGAGUAUUGGGUAUGAAGGGGUGAAUGCUAGGUUUUAUGGGUCGCCGGAUAUUAGGACUAGGAACGGGUUUGAGGUGUCGUUGGCGAACUUUACGGUUAGGGAUGGGGAGAAUAGGUUGCAGAGGUAUGGAGAGGAGAUGGUGGCGAGUGUGGAUGGGAAGGUGGAGUUUGGAAGUUUGCAGAGGGGGAGGACGGUGACGACGAAUUCGACGUAUGAUACGGAGGGGAGGAGGUGGUUUGUUUUUGGGGGGAAGUGA